UUGUCCUUAAACCACCCACAUUCAAUAAAAAUUUAAAUUUGUUUUUAUAAUCUUCAUUUUUCAGACUUUAUUUUUAAAUUUUGAGUAUAUUUAUUAUCAUCCUAUCAAUAUGAGGAAACAUUCAGUUUCAGCACAAUUAACUCGAACAGCUCGUCGUUUCUCUACAGUUAUAGCCCCUCAAUUAACUAAAUUAGAACCUGUCCCUACUUUACAAAAACAUCAAAAAGUUACAAUUAAAAUUGCAGAUAUUCAAAAAUUAAAUGAAGCAAUUAAACAAUAUGUUUUACAUGGUGGACGUCUUUUUGAUCCUGUAGAAUUUGAAAUUAGAGCUGAAGAUACUGACAGUAAUGGGAAUGGACGUAAUCAAGUCUUAUUAACUGCACAAUUUUACACAGAAGAGAUUGUACUUUUUGAAGGAAAUAAACGUCUUUUGAGUAUAUCAUUGAGUGAUCCCGUUGGUGAAUCAGACCUUUUAAACAGAUUUAAGACUAAUAGUAGCUCUUUUGAUUCAAAUAGUCCAGUGCUUGCCAAAGUUCGUCAUCCAAUCUCAGGUAUAAAAAUGUUUGAAGUUGUUCAAAGUCAAAAACGCCCUCAACGUUGGCAAAUAACUGGAGCAAUGGAUGAAUUAAACAAAUGCGAAGUUGAAGCACAUUCAAAUGUUUGGAGACAAAUGCUUUCUGCUUGUGGAUUUGUUUUUGCAACAGAAUGGUGGAGUAUACAAAAUGAAGGAUUAAGAGUAGCUGAGAUCUUUCCACAAAAAGCAGUUUGCGAAGAAAAUUCUUUACGUUUGCAGUGGUCAGAGCAGGCGAGCAAUGAACUUCGAUUAUUAGCUUUAUGUUUUGGACUCGUACAGACAGUUCGCGAAGCUUUCCCAUCGCUUCUUCACAUUAUGAAAGAAGCUAGACAAAGAAAAAUGCAAAUUCAUCGCCCAAGUAUUGUACCAGGCUCUCCCUGAUAUAUUUUUUGUGUGCUCAGACAACAAACAAAACAAAGUCAUACAAAAAACAUUUACAUAACUACGCACGUUUUCAUUAUUAACUAGGAAAUUGUGCCGUUUUUUUGCGUGACUUAGCGUUAUACAUAUUUUUUAAGUCAACUCAAAUUUUUAGUUUUAUAAAACCGUUGAAACUUAUUUCGAUUUUCUGUUGUAUUAUUUUUUCUUCAAAUUUUUUAAAAAAUAUUUAAAGAAAAUUUUUUAAGAACUUUUUUUAAAAUUUCACCCUCUCUUACUUAAAAACAUAUUUUUAAUUAAUUAAUUUUUCCCCCACCUUUUGUCGGUCACAAAUCCUUUCAUCUUCUCCACCACCAAUAACAAGUUCUGCUGCUUUUUUUGUUGUUAAAAUAUUUGUCAUUGACUUUGAUGUUAUGUUGCUUGAAUAAGUGAACAUUUUUUUUGUUGAAUUUUUAAAAGUUGUUG